AUGGGGGAGGCUCAGGAGAAAGGGGAGGGUGCGAGCCAGUGUGCGCGCGCAGGAGUCCCGCCUCCCGGCGUCUGCGGUUGGCUGUCGCCCAGCGAAGGAAGCGGAAAUGGAGGGGAGGGAGGGGCGGGCCGGGCUCCGCCGCGAGCCCAUUGGCCGCGGCCGUCCCGUCGCCUCGCGCUAUUGGGCGGGCGCCGUCGUGCGUCAGCCUGCGCUUCGGGCCGCAGACCGGACCGCUGGCUCGCUAGCGCCGGCCGGUUCCCGCAGGGAGGGUUCCCGCAGCCGGCUGGCGGAGCGGGCGGCGCCGCGUCUGGCCGAACGCGGGCCGGAGCAGGGCGGAGCGGCGACGACGGGCGGCGCCAGGCCCGACCACCGGGAGGAAACAUGCCUUCUGAGUCCUUCUGUUUGGCUGCCCAGUCUCGACUUGAUUCCAAAUGGUUGAAGACAGAUAUCCAGCUCGCAUUCACAAGAGAUGGACUCUGUGGUCUGUGGAAUGAAAUGGUUAAAGAUGGAGAAAUUGUGUACACUGGGACAGAGUUAACCCAGGAUCAAGAACUCCCUUCUAGGAAGGAUGAUGGUGCUGAUACUCAGAAUGGAACCAAGAAAGAAGAUCUUACUGACAAAGAGAAGAAGGAGGAGGAAGAGAUGCCUGCACCCGUGUAUAAAGUCAAAUCAAUCCUGGAGAGUUGGGUGUGGGGCAAGCAACCAGGGUAUUUAUUUCUUUUAUCUUGUCUUCAAUGCCUGAGAUUCUAUCUUUCAUCCACUCUGUUGGUCCUACUUGUGACAGUGUUGAGGAGGACAUGAGUGCUUCUGCCCGGGGAGCCUCUGCUUCAGUGUUGGAGGAAACAAGGAAGGAAACCGCUCCUGUUCAGCUCCCUGUUUCAGGGCCAGAACUGGCUGCUAUGAUGAAGAUUUGAACCAGGGUCAUGAGAGGCGUGGACUGG